ACGUGGAGCGGGGCGUUUCAGGCUCACGCAGCGCUUCUGGGCAGGUUGGGCCGGGGACGGACAGGCCCCCUCCCCCCAUAGAGCCCCGCCCCCAUAGGCCCCCCCCGCUCCAGGCCCCCCAUAGGGACCCCUCCCGUUGUCCUCCUCCAGCUCCCCCAUAAACCCCCGUGCAAUCCCCUCCCCCAGAGCUCCCCUGGUGAUCCCCCAGCCCUGACCCCCCUUAGCCCUCCCCCCAGCCCCAUAACCCGCCAGUCCUACCCUUUCCCCGCAGCCCCGGCCUGCUCCCGCCCCCGCUCCCUGCCCCUGCUGAGCUUUGGGGGGGCCCUGCUGUGCGGGGCACCCUGGCCACUGUCCCUGACCCCCCCCCGUGUUCCUGCAGCCUAGCCCACCCAGCGUCCCCAUGGCCCUGGUGCCCCUGAAGAGGAGGAGAAGGGCCCCGUCCCCACCAGCCGGGCCCCCAGGCCCUGGGCGCUUCCCCGCCGUGGUGCUGUGCCUGGUGGAGAAGCGGAUGGGUGCCAGCCGCAGGGCCUUCCUCACCCAGCUGGCCCAGGCCAAGGGCUUCCGUGUGGACAGGGCCUACAGCGCCGCGGUGACCCACGUGGUGUCGGAGCAGAACUCAGGGGACGAGGUGGCCCAGUGGCUGGAGCAACAGCGGGAGGAGUGCGGUGCCGGGGGGGACCCCGCCCUGCUGGACAUCAGCUGGUUCACGGAGAGCAUGGGGGCCGGGCAGCCCGUGGAGAUCGAGUCCCGGCACCGCCUCAGGGUGACAGCGCUGGCUCCGCAUGGGCGGCAGAUGGCACCGUACGCCUGCCAGCGCCGGACCCCGUUUCUCCACAGCAACCAGCUGCUGACGGAGGCGCUGGAGACUCUGGCGGAGGAAGCGGGGUUCAGCGGCAGCGAGGGGCGCAGCCUGGCAUUCACCAGGGCAGCCUCGGUGCUGAAGGCCCUCCCCGGCUGGCUCGGCACCCUGGAGGAGCUGGGGCCUCUGCCUGGCAUCGGGGAGCACUCCCGGCGGGUCAUCCAGGAUGUGCUGGAAGAUGGCGUCUGCGCAGAGGUGGAGAGAGUGAAGCUGUCGGAGAGAUACCAGACUAUGAAGCUCUUCACCAAGAUUUUCGGGGUUGGGGUGAGGACGGCCAGUCGGUGGUACCAGGAGGGGCUCCGGACGCUCUUGGACCUGCAGGAGCAAAACAUCAAACUGACCAGGCAGCAGCAAGCAGGGCUGCGGCACUACAACGACCUCAACACCCCGGUGGAGCGCGGUGAGGCAGAGUCCAUCCGCCGGGUGGUGCAGGAGGCGAUGCAGCGGUUCCUGCCCGGAGCCUCAGUGACGCUGGCCGGCGGGUUCAGACGGGGGAAGCCAUGCGGCCAUGACGUCGACCUUCUCCUCACACACCCCGAGGAUGGCAGAGAGGGUUUGAUACUCUAUCAGCACAGCCAGGAGAACAGCUACGGGCUCCGUGAGGGCCCUGAGCCGCUUGGGGGCAGGGACGUCAUGGACCGAUUCGAGAGGUGCUUCUCCAUAUUUCGCCUGGAGGCGCAGGGGGGCCCAGGCGCUGCCCGAGGCUGGAAGGCCGUCAGGGUGGACCUGGUCGUGGCUCCGGUCAGUCAGUUCCCAUUCGCUCUGCUUGGCUGGACCGGCUCCCGGCACUUUGAGCGCGAGCUCCGGCGCUUCGCCAGCCACGAGAGGAAGAUGGUCCUGAACAGCCACGCCCUGUACGACACCAGGCAGAACCUCUUUCUACCCGCUGCGUCCGAAGAAGAAAUCUUCCAGCACCUGGGCCUGGAGUAUGUGCCCCCUGCGCAGAGAAACGCCUGAGCCCUGGGCUUGGAGUACGUGCCCCCCACAGAGACCUCUCACUGCCCAGGAAUCCCCUCUCCAGCCCCAGAAAUGGCCCCUACUGCCACCCGUGCUGGCUGCCUCCCGUAUGUUCCCCGAGUGACCCAGCCAGGCUGGUGCCUGUGGACUGAGCCCCCCACGUCUGUGCCCAGCGCCCAAGGGCUGAUCAAUAAACCCCUGGCCCCGUGUUCCCCGCA